AAGUUGCAUGGUUUUAGUGGCUAAUAUGCACGGAGUUUUGAUUUCGAACAAGUGUGCACAGUUUUUCGAAUAAUGUUGCCGCAAAGUGACACAGGCUAGUCUGAAAUAUUAAUUGUAAUGUGAAAGAUUGGUUUUCUAAUAGACAUUCAUAAAAAAAUUGGUUUUGCUCUUGUACUGCUUGUGCUACCGUUGCGGUGAAAAUUUAAGAUCGAGAUAGUAUCCUCGAUUUUUAAAGGAUGGUAGCAAGUUCGUGCAGUUUGUUGUUAUGCUUUGUGGGAGGAAUAUUGCAAUAUGGGUACAGUUCUGCAGUGUUGUUGAAUUUUUACAAUCCUGAAAGAAAUGCGGCUGACUUGGACAAGCUUUUGGUACUUAAAGAAGCCCUAACAGAAUGUGUGGAGAUGAAGAGCGAACCCGGCGUGUACAAGGUAACGAGUACCGGCGAACAGUUGGCCUGCGGGAUUUUUCUGGUGGGUGCCUUGGAUGCUCAGGUGGCGAUAGAAUUUCUCGAAUUUGACGUGGACUGCAAAGAUGAUGCUGUGGUGGGGAUCCUGGACGGAUGGGAACAGAACGGGGCGAUUUUCCCGCCGGUGGAAGAUUUGGGAGCGGAUGGGCCGCGUUACCUUAAACAUUGCGGAUCGGAUCAACCAAAGUCCAUCUUCCGAUCUUCCGGCAAUAUGGCAUUGGUGCAGUAUCGCCUACCUUAUCCAGGAUCCACUUUCACUAUCCGUGUAUCUUACUCAAAAAAUCCACGCCCUUGCAACGCCAUCGUAGUGUCGCCGGAAGGAAAGGCUGCGAUUUCCAAUCGAGGUUUAGCGGAAAACUGCAGUGUCCUUUCCAUAUAUCCUCAACGAUUCGCUUUCGAAUAUAUGGACAUUGGAGUCAGUCCUGUGCUGAAGAAUUUGAAAGAAAUUAUCAUGGAGCCCGAAUUACGUAGCGCAAAGUGCUCCAUAAAAUCCAUUGCGGUGAGCGAAAAACGGGAUUACGUGGAAAUUCGAGGUGGACCCAGUUUCGACCUGACACAUAUGGUGCCUUUUAAGGCGCAGUGUGGAUUCAGCCUCAACACCGCCAAAGAGAGCACUUCCAUAAUGUGCGGAACAACAAUGGUGCGGCUGGUUUCCAGUGGCCAGUAUUACAAUAACGUGCUGUUUGUUCAUGAAUUACUGGAAGAAGACAAAAUUGAUCCCGACACCUUUAUUUGUGCUGCGCUAUGAUACUGCUCCGCUUUCCUGUUGUCUCCGGAACUGUGCGCGUCUGUGACGUCACUGGAUAAAUGUGUUUUGAUCGCGCGAUAUGCGUCACAUCUGGGCUGCAGUAUAGUCAACGCGGCGAAUGGUCGGAGUGGCAACACUGGAUCUGUGGACAUUGCUAAAGAAAUUUUUUAGUCCCUUUUGUUUAAUCUGCUUUAUAAUUUUGCUUUUCGAUAAAAAUGCGGGAAUAAUUGUGCAGUCCAUGACAAGUACUAAGAUGUUAUUCGGGGCAAAUGAAGUGCGCAUGGGAAUCGAUAUCCGGCAUACACCUAUAAUAAGUGCUAAUGAAAAAAAUUUUUCUUGUUGCUGGAAGUAUAUAGAUAUAACGUGUACAUGUGUAUUGUACAAAAGAUCAGCGCUUACUGUACAGUUU